CACCGACAUGGCGAUAUGCAGAAGAAAUUAAAGCAGCAGAAAUUAAAGCAGCUAACAUACCAAGCAGUGUGCCUCAGAUGAGUUUGUAAUAGCAUGACUCAAACUUCGGUGUCUGCAACUAAUUCCUGGCUAAAAUCCCGACAUAUCCUUGUACCCGGAGACUGGCUUGAAGCUUGUGUUGAAUGGAUCAUAGAGGAAAACCAGGGGAUAAGGCUUUCUCAAACACAACUGAAUGGACUUGUAUUUGAGCAGUGGCUUCUCGCCGACUUGAGAGAAAUUGGUUCAAAAUGCCUGCCAGAUCAAAUUGCAUCUACCCAAAAAUUUCAGCUCAAUGGGGUAUUUGCCUUACAGGUGGACUCAAUGGUAGAUGUAGGAAAGCCAUAUUAUGGUCAACUACAAAAAGUGCAGGGGUCAGAGAGCAGAAAUGUGGAGGUCACUGCUGAGCCAGCUCCACCGUGGGAACCCAAGCCGACACGGAUGAUGAUGUUGACGAUGACAGACGGUGAAAUAACGGUGCAGGGAAUGGAGUACAAACCAAUCUCCUGUCUGAGCGGCCAGAUGAAACCAGGCUGUAAGGUUCUGGUGAAGGGAAGUGUUCAGUGUCGCCGCGGGAUCCUGAUGUUGACGGCGGACAACGUGACUGUGCUGGGCGGAGAAGUGGAUGCCCUCGUGGAGACCAACACUCCCGUCAACUCAUUGAAACAGGCAAUGGAACAAAGUCUUCAGUUUUCGGGAAAGGACUACCACCAGGAGUUCUCCGGUGACGGCAUUGUGACAUCAAAAAAUAAGAAACUGAAGACAGAGUUUCAGUCUCAGAAAAUAAAGACAGAGGUGCCCUCCCAGCCCCAACAGAACAGACCACUGGCUGGACCAAGACCCACGAGUGGACCAGCUCCAAAACAGGAGGCCAUCAAAGUAGAAGAUGAGUGGGAAGAUGACAUCAUUGGAUUGGAAGGAUUGAUGGAAGACAUGGAUGAUUUUGAGAUGGACUCAGUUCCCCCUCCUCCACCCCCUCCUAACUUCUCAGCCCCACAAACUUCCAGACAACCCAAACCUGUCUCUCAUUCCUCCGGACCUCUGCCAAUGAACACUGCUUCUUCUGCGGUCCAGCAAUCUGCUGUUCAUUCAAGGUCCAGUUUGGGUGUGGGCCCACAGUCCAUAAAGUCUUCCUCUAUAUCUGGAAAAUCAAAAUCUUCCCUAGAAAAUGAAAAUCAGAAAACAAAAGGUUCUGUCGAUCUUCCUAGUGGUUUUCAGAGUGCAAAGCAAAAACAUUCAGAGAAUGCAGCAGGCACGCUCAAUAAUGGUGCUGGGCAAAUUGCAGCCAUGUCUUGUCAAAGUAAACUAAAGACGAAACUUGGAUUGGAGAAGGAAUCUUUACCAAAAGUUGACACAAAUGAUAAACAAUUUAGUGAUGAGGAGUUUUUAGAUGACUUGGAUGAUUUCGAUCUUUCUGCUGUUGGUGAUGGAGUUGAAAAACAGUCUGUAUUGGGAGGUUCUUCAAAUUCUGGAAGAGCAAAGGAAAAUACAUGUAUACAAAAUGAUGUCAGCAAAACUCAAAACCCUCUGUUACCUGUCCAGAAAAAGAAACUGUUUAUGAGUCCUAAAAGCUCACAAGGGCUUAUGAAGAAGGAAAUGAGUGAAUCUAUAUUGAUAAACACAAGUCAAGAACAACCCAGUAACUCUGUGCUUCAGACACAGAUAAGAAAGCCGCUGGAGAAGAAGAAACCUUUAGAGAGUAAAGGGAGUGGAGAACCUGUGGUGAUAGCCAUUACAAGUCCACUGAAAUCUGCUGCCACUUCAGCUGGAGGGAGCACAAAAAUCACAGAACUCUUACCAGAGUCUGAGCCGUUUACUUACCUGGCCUUUGUGAAGAAAAAGAUGCCCGUCAGUCAGCCAAUCAGAUUCCAUACAAAAGCUUAUGUGUCCACUCUCACCGACAAGCUUCGUCGGAUCGGAGGCGUUAGGUGGCAGCUGCCUUGUAAGAUCAACGACGGCUCAGAAGUCAUGGACGUCAAUCUCUCCAAUCAGGUUCUUACCAAACUGAUUGGAUUCUCAGUUCCAGAAACAAUGGAGAUGAGACACCUAAAGCCAGACAGUUUCCUUAUGAAGAAACUUAACAAGGGCAUCAAGGACUGCCAACAGUCCCUCAUCAACCUACUGGCCGUGAUGGAGCUAGUUGUCUCCCCUGGGGCGGAGAAGCCGGAGAUCCUUAGUCUGAGGGAUGUCAGUGACCAGGAUAUCUUGUUGCUACAGUCCAGAGUGUCCAGGGCUCUCUCUCAAAUUGACUCCUAACACAUGUUAAUGAAUUUCAAGUUUUAUUCUAUCAUCUACAAGCGUUCUGGCUUGAAAUGAUUCUAGCAGUAAUUUAUGAUUAAAUGAAUUGUCACUGCUAA